AAUUCUUUUUGCAUGAGUACAUACUGAACCGGAAGAAACUUAAAGUCUUAACCCCAUAAAAAACUUGCAGCAUGCUUGAUCAGUUUUCACUUUAUCUGUUCUUAGUGAGUGAUCACUUCAUCUAUCGUUCGGAGUGAAUGAUUUUUGGGCGAAAGAAAAAUAUGUCGAUCUGCUUCACGCUGCGCCUUGUGACAUUACUCUUUCUUGGACGUUUAACGUUGUGCUUUGAGGGAACCGGCAACCAAUUCAAUUCAACGAUUUCAAACGAAGUACAUGAAACACCAUUCAAUGGGAAAAAGUCAACUUUUGGAAAGAAAGUUCAAGUUAAUACAGUUUUGCCUGGGCCAUGUGAACGCCAUUUAAAACGCGUGGAGUCGUUCAUAUUUCCACCAAAGUUUCGUCCAUUUAUUCCUUUGUGUGACAACAGUGGAUUCUACCUUCCAUUGCAAUGUCAUCAGUCGAGUGGAUAUUGUUGGUGUGUAGACAAAAAUGGCAAUAUGAAACAUGGAAGUAGAACUAAAGGGGAAAUUGACUGCGGAAUGAAAGCGUUGAAAAAACCUUGUGAAAUUCAUCGUACACAUUCCCAGAAACUUCAAGCUAAAACACGUCAACGAAUAUUCAUACCAAAGUGUAAUGAAGACGGUUAUUACUCACCAAUGCAGUGCUCUAAAAAGAGCAAACAUUGCUGGUGUGUUAAUAAGAAGGGAAAUAUAAAAAGCGGAUCAAAAGCAAAGACACUAACGGAUUGCUUAAAUCCAAAGUCACGUCAAGUUGAAGGCAAAAUUGUGAAAGAUGCAUUUUCGCGGAACGAAAUAGCAAAUGGUCCAUGCGCAAGAGAAAAACACAGACAAAGUUUACAAAAUGCGAAGACUGAACGUUUUAAUCCAAAUUGCGACGAGGACGGAUAUUACAAUGCAAAGCAAUGUCAUUCUGGUUUCUGUUGGUGUUCUGACGGAGAAGGAAAUCUUAUUGCUGGAACAAGGAAAAAGGGAGAAGUGGAUUGUGAUGAGGAUUUUUUAUCUGGGCCUCCUAUGCAAAUAAAGGUUAACUGUCUAACCAAACGAAUGGAAGGAAUAAAAUCUUCUCAUAAGAAGAAAAUUUUUGUACCCCUUUGUACACCUGAUGGUUCGUAUGCACCAUUGCAAUGUGAUCCAGCUACACAUAACUGUUGGUGUUCUGAUAAGAAAGGAAACGAAAUUCAAAAUACGAGAACUAGAAGAACCCCAAAUUGUUUGACAAAUCUUGGUUCAGGCAAACCACUUUGUUAUGAAUUAAAAAAGUAUCUCAAAGAACUACCAGAUCUUACAAGUAUCUACAUUCCUGUGUGCCAAAAUAAUGGCUUCUAUCGCCCUUUGCAAUGUAGCAGAGACAAGAAAUACUGUUGGUGUGUUGAUAAGAAUGGAUUGGAGCUUAAGGGGACUCUCAUGUUUGGAAAGACUAAAUGUCCUCAACAAACGGUUAGAUUAACUUUACCAAGGAAAACGGUAGCUGCUCCUUGCUUUCGACACAAAGAAAAAAGAAAACGGCUUUUCAGGCUUGUGCGUCGAAAUUUAUUCAACCCACGAUGUAACAAAGAUGGAUUUUACGAUGUUAAACAAUGUCAUGGUAAAUAUUGCUGGUGUACGGAUCAAAAUGGAAAAAUGUUAAGAGGAACAAGAACAAAAGGGAAUCUCCGUUGCAUUGAUCCUAGGAAACGCAGUCUAAAGCCAUGUUUUGCUCAGCGCCUACAAUCUUUAAGGAUAUCGUUAAAAAAGAAACCGUAUACACCCCAAUGCGAGAGUAACGGUGAAUACAAGCGUUUGCAAUGUAAUGUUUAUACUGGAGUGUGCUGGUGUGUUGAUUUACAUGGAAAUGAAGUACGCGGCUCAAGGACAACACGGACUCCAACUUGUUUUACCAGCGCCUUUAAUUCUGUUGAAGAAGGACCCUGUGAAAUUUUAAAAUCACAUGUGGCUAAAUUGCCACCUAAUGGCAAAGUUUACGAGCCCGUGUGCGAAGGCAGCGGUCUUUUUCGGCCGGAGCAAUGUGGAAAGACCAAUGGAUUUUGCUGGUGUGUGUUGCAUGAUGGAACUGAAGUUCAAGGAUCUCUUACUCGGGGACAACCGGAUUGUCGCAGGAAGAGAUUGCCUGCAGCGCCUCGUCUUCAAGGCCCAUGUGAUCAACAUCUUGCACACGUCAGCACUAUCAUAUCAAAAGAUCGUAGACAUUUUUAUACACCAACAUGUGACAACAAAGGUUAUUAUACACCUCUUCAAUGUGAUAACGGACGAAAAUGGUGUUGGUGUGUUGAUAAAUACGGCGCCAUGAAAAAGGGAACUCGUAUAAAAUCUUUAGAAAAAAUACCCAUUUGUGACGAGAAUUUAUUGAAACCAUGCGUUGCAUUCAACAAAAAGAGACAAAGACCAAGUGAAUCAAACAGAAAUCAAUUACUUUAUAAAGCUAACUGUAAGACAAAUGGACAUUUUGCACCUCUACAGUGUGAUGUUAAAAGUGGGAAUUGUUGGUGUGUUGAUGAUAGAGGACAAAUGAUUGCAGGAACAAUGAUAUACAAAAGACCUUAUUGUGGUAACAGGCAACGAAAAUGUGAAAACGAAAGAAGAAGAAUUUUGUCCCAAAUAAGACCUACGAUGUCCCCUCCGUCUUGUGAUAUUCACGGAUAUUAUAGUCGUCUACAAUGUGAUCAUAUAUCAGGAGAAUGUUGGUGUACUGACAGGAAUGGCAAUAAAACUCGUGGGACAAGAGUGAAUGGAAUACGAGAUUGCGGUCAGUUACCAAGGCCAUGUGACGAACACGCCUCAGCAGCAUCCGAGGCAGACAAUGUAUUCGGAGUGUUUGUACCAAGAUGUAAUUCACAAGGCUACUAUAGUAGACUUCAAUGUCAUGAACAAACUGAUAUUUGCUGGUGCUCAAAUUUAGUGGGAGUGGAAAUCCCCGGAACAAAGAUGAAAGGACAACCAAGACCAAGAUGUACCUUCUAAAGUCAACGAAAAAUUAUCAUAUAUGCGAUGUGUAGGAUUGUAGUGCUUUAUUGUAGAUAAACAGAUUUCAGAAAUAUUUUUGUGUGAUUAGUUCGUUGUCUGAUAUGUUGUGAUGUUUUUUUCUGAAGAACACUGUAGUGACAAUUAAUCUCUUUUUUUAACUUGACGAAGACGCCUUAAAAAGAUGCCAGUUUGUGGUCAUUUGCAUUAUAUAUUUUACUUAUUUAGUUUGCGUUAUUAUUGUAAAAUAUAUAUCGAGAGCAUA